GGAAAUGGGAACAGUAUGCACUGUGAGCCUGACACAGAAGCUGGCAGCAGUGGCAGACAACUGACUGCUAUUCAAUCUAUAACAGUGAAAAAAGUUUUUUGUUUUUAAAUCCAAGCUAUUGUGACACCAGAUGUAAUUGGUGCCACUGACUGGGGAAAUGGGCACAGUAUGCACUGUGAGCCUGACACAGAAGCUGGCAGCAGUGGCAGACAACUGACUGCUAUUCAAUCCAUAACAGUGAAAAAAGUUUUUUGUUUUUAAAUCCAAGCUAUUGUGACACCAGAUGUAAUUGGUGGCACUGACUGGGGAAAUGGCACAGUAUGCACUGUGAGCCUGACACAGAAGCUGGCAGCAGUGGCAGACAACUGACUGCUAUUCAAUCUAUAACAGUGAAAAAAGUUUUUUGUUUUAAAUCCAAGCUAUUGUGACACCAGAUAUAAGUGGUGGCACUGACUGGGAAAAUGGGCACAGUAUGCACUGUGAGCCUGACACAGAAGCUGGCAGCAGUGGCAGACAACUAAGUGCAUUUACAUUACAUAGAAAAAAAUAAUUAAAAAAAAGCAUACCCUUAUCCCUAACCUAGCUAUGCUUUUCCUUAUCUUAUGAACAGCAGCUACACUUUCCCUCCUCUUACUAAGCAUGCAGCUUGAGAAUGAAUCUAAAAUGGAUGCCUUCCAGGAGGUGGGAGGGUCUGCUAGGAGGGUGUGCUGCUAAUUGGCUGGAAUGUGUCUGCUGACUGUGAGGUACAGGGUCAAAGUUUACUCAAUGAUGACGAAUAGGGGGCGGGUCGAACCGCGCAUAUGUUCGCCCGCCGUGGCGAACGCGAACAUGCUAUGUUCGCCGGGAACUGUUCGCCGGCGAACCGCUCGGUACAUCACUAUCCACGAACGGCAAAUAGUAACCGAACGUCAAUAUCUCCCAAGCGGCAAAUAAUCCAAAUAAGUAGUCUCUAGUCGCUGGUAACCAAAUCCCCCCAAUAACGAGACCAAGCUCCGCUUUGAGGGUAAAACACGAACUGAUUUACUGUGGGCUACCUGACCGGUAUUUAUGCAGGUCUCCCACCUGGUGGACACUCCCCUAGGGGACCAAAUGGGAGACUGAAAUUACAGAAGGACAUGGGGACAUUUUGGACAUACAUCCCCACAAUAUUCCCAGCAUGCAGUACAGUUCCCUCCCCUCUGCUCGGGGGAUAAUUGGGAAGUAACUCAAUUAUCUCCCCGAGCAGAGGCAAUUGCCAUUUUAAAUACAAGUCACAAAAACACAUGAAAAUCUAUAACUUCAUAACUGCCGAACAUAUUACAUUCGUAUUACAUAUCCCCAGAUAGCCUGGAUCUGAGUGCAUAUUAUUGGAGAAUAGCGCUCAGAUCCCAUUCGCACAGUUCAAUCGCCAUGGAGUCAAAGUCUCUUUCAGUUCUUCGGUAUGCGAUUGACUCCAUGGGACGGCUAUCUGGGUUAAGUCCAUUCGUGUGGUUGAAUCUCCCGAACGGCUGGCAUUCGUGUACUUUUGUCGAUUGAGAAGGGGAGGACGACGGCUUCAGCGGUGUUCGGCUGAAAAAGUGUCCGUUUUCAGAUCCAUGAAAUAAUCGAACACCGCUGGUCUUUCGCAUGGACAAAAUGGCCGCCGCCUCGUGGUCGACAUACGAACGACGACCACCCGGCAUUCAGUUUUAAUUGAGAAGUGUCUGUGGUUAACCGCAACGUUCUAAUUGGGAUCAAUAGGUUAACCAGCAGCACACUUCUCUUCUGGGUGGCCAUCCGUUCGGUAGUUCCGUUCGACAAAAACCGACAUUCCCUUGAAUAAAGCAUACGAAUGGGGAAAUUCAUGUAACCGGCAAAACAGGUGAACAAAGCAUUUGUAAUCCAGACAGAUGGGUCUGUCACAAUAGGUACAUGCUUCUAUUAUAGAACUCAAUCUUCUCUCCUCUCAACUGUUUCUGGUGUGUUAUUGUGUUUUGUUUGUAAAUGUCUAGGCAUGCAAAACUGUGGAUGUAAUUUUAUUACUGUGGAAACAAAAUAAGGAUUAUUAAGAAUAAUAACAUUCAAUAUUUUAUGUAACCACAAAGAGCACUAUUUACUUUGUUGUUAAUUCCACGAUCAUGAGAUAACGUGAAUAUCAAUAAGAGAUAAGCCAAGAGGUAACUUUAUUUUUAAAAGUUCAAAUGUUUUGGAUUGUGAUAACGUUGAAAAUACACAAAAACACAAUUCUAGCCUGAGUUCAGGAGGUGUAAUGGGAUGAAUAAAUGGCUGUGAUUAUAACUGAUGCAUUUGACUGGUAAAACUAACAUGAAUGUACUUUAGUUUCAAAUUACAUGUCACACAAUAUAAUAUAUAUAAUUUAACAUCAUAAUAAUAAUAAUAAUAAUAAUAAAACUAAUAUCAGAACUUAAACAAGUUGCAGAACAAUAGGCAAUGAUGUCAAACCUUUUUUUCUUUUCCUUUUGUAAAAUAUGCUUUAAAAUAGUUUUUUCCUCAGUAGGAAUAGAAAUAAUCUAGUUUAAAAAAAAGGCCUGUCACAUUUAUUCUAGAUCUCCCUUAGAACCAGGAACUGCUUGUGCCAGCAGGUAAACAAAAAAGCAUAUAGGAUACAAUACAAUAGCUAUACUGAAGCAGAGUAUACAAUAGCUAUACAUUCUAAUUACUGAUGAAAAGAAACCAGCUCAGUACUGUUUUCAGCAUCAGCAAGGUAAACAGUAUAUAAAGGCUCUUCAUUCUGUGUAACAGCAUAACUUGCAUGAGCAGAUCAACCAUCACUGAAAAUGGGAAAGGUAAGAUGAUCUGAAUAUUGUAAAUAUGUAAUUUUUUUAAAUGAACCAAAACAAAUUCAAAUGUUAAAUGCUUACACUGAAUGCCAGCAAACUUUAUCCUAUACAAUAUACUGUGGUGAGUUUAUCUAGGCCAGAAACAUGACAACAUAAUAUUCCAUAAACUAGUUUUGGACAUUUGCCGCCUCAUCAAAUACAAAUUCAUCAGAACACAUGCUUCACAUGUUUACUUUUUUCAGACUCAAGAUUAAGAUUUUUUCAGUUUUUUAAAGUACUUUCUAGUGAAUGCCACUAUUAACCGUAAUAAAUUGCUAUAAUUAUGUGAAAGUGAAUGCAAGUUCACCAAUCUAAAAAAACACAAAAUGUACCAAAAACAUAUAUUCCAAUUCGGUCCUAAACUUAGAUGUUUAACACCUACACUUUAUUAUUUGAACAGGAUAAUAGUAGAUGUCUUUAGGAAUCUAUAGCAUCAAGUAAUCAAACCAGAAACUAUUUUUUAAAUGAAAUUAUUAACCACUAAAACAAUAAUAAACUAAAAAAUCUAAAAUGUUCAAAUGCAUGGUUGUUUCACAGAUUGUCUUCUACGAGGAUCGUAACUUCCAGGGCCGCUCUUAUGAGUGCAACUCUGAGUGUCCAGAUAUGUCCUCAUAUUUUCAGCGCUGUAAUUCCAUCCGAGUGGAAAGUGGAAACUGGAUUCUGUAUGAGCACCCCAACUAUAGAGGACACCAGUAUUACCUUAGCAGGGGAGAAUAUCCUAAUUUCCAGCAAUGGAUGGGUUUCAAUGACUCCAUCAGAUCUUGUCGUAUUAGCCCACAGGUAAAGAUAUUUACCAAAAUAGUUAAGAACCUUACAUAAAUAUGAUGCAGUACAAAAAAACAUUAUUUUCCUAUUAUUAUAGGUUUACCUAUGCAAAUAUUACCUUUUUUGACUACUAUUCAUUAUUUUAUGGAAUAUAUCUUUAAUUCACAAUUCCAUUGUCAGGUAACAGGUGGGUUAACAUGGAUAAAAUUAUAUAUAUAUAUAUAUAUAUGUAUAUAUAUAUAUAUAUAUAUUCCCGUAUAGAUUUUUGAUGUUUACAUGCAAUUAUACAAUUAUUUUACUCUUGUUUAUAAAUAAUUUUUUCUUCGUAAAGCACCAUGGAUCAUUCAGAGUAAAGGUCUAUGAGAGGGAGGAUUUCCGAGGUCAGAUGAUGGAGUUCACUGAAGAUUGUGCUAAUGUCAAUGAGAGAUUCCGUUACCAUGACAUCCACUCCUGCCAGGUGAUUGAUGGCUACUGGAUGUUCUAUGAGGAACCAAAUUACAAAGGACGCCAGUAUUACCUGAGACCUGGAGAGUACAGAAGAUAUACUGACUGGGGUGCCAUGAGCCCAAGAAUUGGCUCAUUCAGGAGACUUCAUCAUUUCUAAUAAGUUGUAUUUAUUACUAAAUCAGCAUGUCAUUAAGAUUAUAAUAAAAGCUUCAAAAAUGAUCUUUAAA